AUGAAGAGGCCCUUGAUUGUAUUAUUAUUACUUUGUUAUGGAUAUAAGAUAGUGAAGUCUGAAGAGAAUUCCUCAGUUGACUGUACUUUGUUUAAAGUUAGAACAGAAGAUACCUCUGAAGAUUGUGGAUAUAAAGACAAUGACACCUCUAAAUAUAGUUAUGAACUGAAAGGUUUAUUCAAAAAUCAACCACUUUAUACUUUUAAUACUGGAGUGAAGCUUGUGGCACUUCUGUAUAACGACGAAUUUGUAUGGAAACAUACAAGUGCCCAUGAUUCAUCUAAAUUUCCCACCGAACUGGAAAUAGAUCCAUAUAACAAGACUCUGUGGGUUAAAUAUGGAGGAAUGGACUUUGUAACUUUUAAGUUCGAGAAUAACAAAUGGAAACAUUCCCAAGAUCUUUCGUACGGUGAUUGUAAAAGGGUCACAAUACCAGAUUACAGUGAUCCUUCAGCAGCCAAUGCUGGAGAAGCAGAAGCCGGAAAAGAUGCUACUGAAGCUGGGGGAGCUCGAUCAUUGGAGGGCACAUCAGGAGAGUCGACGAAGGAAGAGAAAGGAGAACAUCAGCUUGAAUUUUUGGAAAGAUCAAAAGUUACUGUUCACACAUUAGAUAACGAUGGCAAUAGCCACGAAAUCGACACGACUCAAUAUACAGUGACUGAAGAAACUGGUUUCCUUCAGGUAGACUUUUCGGAUACAGCCAAGUUACACAAAGUAGACUACGAUGGUGUGACAGUUUGGACGGAUUCAACAUACCCGUGCAAUGGAUUCCCGAAGAGGCUAUACUUAAAUUUAAAAGAUAACUUGUUAUGGGUACAAUCAGACGUUAAAAUGCACACAUUCCAGAGAUUCAAGAAUGGAUGGGAAGUAGUUGAAUCCGAGAGUGAAUGCCAGGUAUUAAAGGAAUCAGCUAAAGAAGCUGCCACUGAAGUGGUAGCAGAUGCAUCCCCUGAAGCCAGUGCAGAAGCACCAUCAGUACCAGCUGAAGGUGGAGAGUCAGCCGGAGACGUUUUACUCAGUAACCUGUACCCUUCAGACCAUACUGGAGCACACUACAGUGGCCUUAGAGGCUCAGAACUCGAUGAAGAAGUAGAAGUUAAAGAACAUGAAUCUAAGGAAGGUGAAACUAAAGAAGGUGAAUCUGGCUCAUCAACCGAAGAAGCAGCUGCAGUUAAGGCUGAAGAAGCAGAUGCAUCAGGUUCACAUCUAGCAAGUGAAGCUAGCACCGAUGCUGAUGCUAAUGAAGCUAAAGAAGGUCAAGCAGCUAAAGAAGGUGAGGAAGGUUCGACAGCCUCCGCUGAUGCAGGUUUGGCAUCUGAGGAUAGUAAGUCAUCCUCAGAUGAUGUAUUACUAGGUAACCUAUACCCCUCUGAACAUACUGGAGCACAUUACAGUGGCCUUAGAGGCUCAGAACUCGAUGAAGAAGUAGAAGCUAAAGAACAUGAAACUAAGGAAGGUGAACCGGCAUCAGAACAAAAGACUGAUAAACUCAAUCCGCUAGGUGGACGUUACAAGAUGCUGGGAACUAAGGCAGAUGGAGCAGAGGGAGAGUUGGGAGAUGACGACUUUGAAGUUGAGGGAGACGAUGACCACCUGAAAGUAACGCUCAAGGCAGAGGUUAAAAUGAAGGAGCUUCAGUUUAAACGAACAGACCUGGACAAUUUUGAAAAACAAUGGGAACGCGACCAGGAAAAACACGGAGAUGCAUAUCCGAAAGUGUUGGAUUUUGGAGUAACGAAAUCGCUAGUUACUGUGGAGUUUGGACCCAGGUGGUUCUACAAGUAUAAUAACGGAGGCAUGAGCCCAGAACUUGAAGUAUUUAAAGCGCCACUGGACGCAUCAAAGAAGCCAGCGUUGAAGCUGUUUAGACUGGUUGAAGAUAAUAAUGCUGAAAAGGAGAUGGAAGAAGCCGAUUAUCACCUGGUGUGGUACUUUGACUCAGCCAAUGGACAAUUCCACAGAUUUGAGUUCGACGAGGGAACUAAGAUGGUUAAACUAGAGUACAACAAUGAGGAGUUGUGGAAGCACGACUCAGCAGCAAGUGCAGGCAAAUACCCGAAGUACGUGGCAGUCAACGCAGUCCGCAAAGAUCUGAGGGUGUUCGUGGAAGAUGGAGUGAAGUUUGAUUUCGAGUUUGACAGCGUAAAUAACAAGUACAAAACGGAAGCAGAUAAAGAAGGUGAUUUACUAUUCAGUAACCUAUACCCGUCUGACCAUGCCGGAUCAGUCUACUGUGGUCUUAGAGUUACUGAAUGGGAUGAAGAAGUAAAAGCCAAGGAACCUGUAGCUGGCUCAUCAACAGAAGAGGCAUCUGAAGCUAGCACUGAUGCUGAUACAGAAAAGGCAGAACCAGCUAAAGAAGAUGCAGACAAAGCGGCAGCUAAGAAGUUGGAGCACAACGGAAAGCACCUGAAGGUGUUCACACUAGCAGACGAUGAAGUCUCAUUGGAAGAAGACAAGGAGGGCAAGUUUGACGUGGUGGUGGAGGACAACAAGCUAGUAGUAGGAAAGUUUAACGCAGGAGCCAAGUGCGUUAAGCUGGAAUACGACGGCAAGGAAGUGUGGAAGCACGAAGAAGCAAAGCACGGAACGAAGCACCCAUCAGAAGUCAGAUUCAACACAGAUAACCUGGAAGUGGUGGUGGCGUUCGAGGAAGACAAGUCAAAGUUCACAUUUAAGCACGACUCGAAGUCGAACGCACACGUGUUGGCACACUCAUUUUUGCCACUAGAUGUAUCUGAGAGACCUGAUAAAGUCAAGUUCUACAAAGACGCAGCUGCUGCCCAGGAAAUAGGAAAUGCUGAUUUAAGCUUAUCGAAGGAAAGUGACGGGCAAAAGGAGUUCAUGGUACACAGAUUCAAUAACGGAGCUAAGUGCCACUUGGUUAAGUACGAAGGUAAAGAUGUGUGGGAGUACGAUGAAGAAUAUGCCGAUAACUUUCCAGCAUCAGUGCACUACAAUACUGAUGAUCACGAGCUCAGAGUGUUUGUUAGGCACAACUGGUACUACUUCUAUAAAUUCGACACCACUAAAAAUGAACAUGACGUGUACAGGGAGAAGGAACCGGCAGAUUAUGCAUCAAAGGAAUAA